AACACCAUCAAAAUUAACACUGAACGAUAGUUGUCCGCGAGAUGUAGUUAGGGUUCCGUCAUUUUCAAGUGAAAAGCGACGGGGGAGUCGCGUAGGAAGGUCUAGUUCAGCCGUUUCGCGGAGGAACACAUUACGCAGCCGGGACUUUUUGCAAGCGGGGCUGAAUGGAGGCAGCUUCUUCCUGGUGGAUAAACAGUGACAGCUACAGGGCAGCCACCGAGACCCACGCAGGCUCCAGCGCUGCCCUGGCGAACAACACCAAAAUGGCUUCAGACAGUGCACACAUCGCGCAGUUGACUUCAGAACUGUACUUCCUAAUCGCCCGGUUUCUAGAGGCUGGACCGUGUCAGAAAGCAGCCGAGACGCUGAUAAAGGAGGUGGAGGAGAAGGAGCUCCUACCUAAAAGGCUGGACUGGACUGGGCUGGAACACCCAGGGACCUACCAGAAUUUGGUCAAGCUUUACCGCCACAUCAGCCCAGAGCACCUGCUGCAGGUCUGCUCCAGAGUGUGCCCGCUGCUGGAGGCAGAGGUUCCUGCCAGCGUGCCGGGCCUCACCAGCCUGUUGGGGGCUGGCCGACAGAAUCUCCUGCGCACCAGCAAAAGUUGCAAGCAUGUUGUGUGGAAAGGUUCAGCAUUGGCAGCACUGCACUGUGGGCGUCCCCCAGAGCCACCUAUUAUCUAUGGGAGCCCACCUAACAUUGUGGAAACCAGCUUUGGACGUCGGCUGAACGGCUCUUAUAGACUCCGCCAAUUAGUGCCAACAGCUGUCUACCAGCACAUGAAGAUGCACAAGAGAAUUCUCGGACACUUGUCGUCCGUAUAUUGUGUGACCUUCGACAGGACGGGGCGACGCAUCUUCACGGGGUCUGAUGACUGUCUUGUCAAGAUCUGGGGGACAGAUGACGGCCGUCUUCUGGCGACGCUGCGUGGCCAUGCUGCUGAGAUCUCAGACAUGGCUGUUAGCUAUGAGAACACAAUGAUUGCUGCGGGCUCCUGCGACAAGACCAUCAGAGUGUGGUGCUUACAGACAUGCGCCCCUUUGGCAGUCCUUGAGGGCCAUGCGGCAUCUAUCACUUCGCUACAGUUUUCUCCUCUUUGUAGUGGCUCCAAGCGCUACUUGUCCUCUACAGGAGCUGACGGUACCAUCUGUUUCUGGCAGUGGGAUGCGCACACUCUCAAGUUUGGUCAGAGGCCAAGUAAAUUCCCUGAGCGCUCCAGACCUGGAGUGCAGAUGAUCUGUUCUUCCUUCAGUGCAGGUGGGAUGUUUCUGGCGACUGGAAGCACAGAUCACAUCAUCAGGGUUUACUAUUUUGGUUCAGGUCAACCGGAGAAGAUCUCUGAACUUGAGUCGCACACUGACAAAGUUGACAGCAUCCAAUUUUCCCAUUGUAGCGACAGGUUUGUGAGCGGCAGCAGGGAUGGAACAGCAAGAAUUUGGCAGCUGCAGCCUCAGGGCUGGAGGAGCAUUCUGCUGGACAUGCAGACUAAAUUACCCGGGAAGUAUCAGCCCCCGCCUUUGGAAGACAAAGUAACCAAGUUAAAGGUUACCAUGGUUGCGUGGGAUCGCCAUGACAGCACUGUGAUCACAGCCGCCAACAAUCUGACCCUGAAAGUGUGGAACUCCACCACUGGAAAUCUAGUCCACCUCUUGAUGGGCCACGAGGAUGAAGUGUUUGUUUUGGAGCCGCACCCCUUCGAUCCCAGAAUCCUUUUCUCAGCGGGUCAUGAUGGGAAUUGCAUAGUGUGGGACCUGGCCAGAGGAGUAAAGAUCCGCUCCUACUUCAAUAUGAUCGAGGGCCAGGGGCACGGUGCUUUGUUUGACUGCAAAUGUAGUCCAGAUGGGCAGCAUUUUGCGGCCACAGACUCCCAUGGACACCUGCUCAUUUUUGGGUUUGGCUCCAGCAGCAAGUAUGACAAGAUUGCAGACCAGAUGUUCUUCCACACAGACUACCGGCCUCUUAUACGGGAUGCUAACAAUUACGUCCUGGACGAGCAGACUCAGCAGGCCCCACAUCUAAUGCCUCCUCCCUUCCUGGUGGAUGUGGAUGGGAACCCUCACCCUCCACGAUAUCAACGUUUAGUUCCUGGAAGAGAGAGCUUUAGGGACGAGCAGCUGAUCCCGCAGAUGGGUGUCACGUCUUCAGGUCUGAACCAAGUGGUCAGUGAGCAGGCAGUGGAUGGUCCCAGCCCACUGGACACCAUGAUCCAGAGGCUGCAGCAGGAACAGGACCAGAGAUUGGGGGGUAAUAAUGACCUCCCUGCUCAUUCCGCUGCUGCUAUCAGCACCAGGGCCUCCAGAGGGUCAGUCAGUUCUCCAACUGAGGUCCAUUCACCGCACAAUGUAGGUCUCCGUCGGAGUGGGCAGAUUGAAGGAGUGCGUCAGAUGCACAGCAACGCUCCCCGUAGUGAGAUGGCUACUGAGGGAGACCUGGUGGCCUGGAGCCGCAGGGUUCUCGUCCCUGAGCUUGAGGACGCUUCAGUACGGAGACAAGUCAACUGGCGAGAGGCUAAAGGGAAAGAGGAGAUCAAUAUUUAUCAGUCCGAACGAAGGAGACGAACUAUUCACUCUCUCCCCAAAGAAAGCAGGGUGCAUCCGACUUCUGAGCCUGUGAUGGAAGAAGGAAGGAAGAGCCAAGGUAACCAUGGUUAUCAAACCCGCGCUGCCGUGGAGGAGACAAGUCGACAGAGUGCUGACGCCGCUGAUGACGACGACAGCACCUCUGAGGGAGAGGCAGAAGUGCGGCAAAUAAAUGGCCACUCAUCAGAGGAGGAGAAAGAGGAGGAAGAGAAAGAGCCUUGGCCGGAUGAUCACAGCAGUUCAAGUGAUUAUUCCAGCGAUUACUCCGACUGGACAGCAGACGCAGGCAUCAACCUUGAGCCACCGAAGAAGAGCGUUAAAGUGAAAAAGAAAAGCAGCGGUUCAGAGGAGGACGCAGACAGGAAGAGGGAUCAGAAGAAAGAUAGAAAGAAAGAAAAGGUCGACAAAGAUGGCAUAUUACCAAAGAAGAAAAAGUCAAAGGAGAAGAGGAAGGGAACCGAAUUCCAGGAGCAUGGUCUUACUCUGGAGGAGUGGCUUCCCUCCUCCUGGAUUACAGACAUCAUCCCCCGAAGAUGUCCUUAUAUCCCCCAGAUGGGAGAUGAGCUGUAUUACUUCAGACAAGGCCAUGAGGCUUACGUGGAAAUGGCCAGACAAAAGAAGAUCUACAGCAUCAAUCCCAAGAAACAGCCUUGGCACAAAAUGGAGCUUCGGGAGCAGGAGCUGAUGAAGAUAGUUGGCAUCAAGUACGAAGUCGGCCUGCCCACGCUGUGCUGUCUAAAGCUGUCCUUCCUCGACCCAGAUUCAGGAAAACUGACCGGGGGAUCCUUCUCAAUGAAGUACCACGACAUGCCGGAUGUGAUUGACUUCCUGGUGUUGCGACAGCAGUUUGACAACGCCAGAAAAAGGCAGUGGGCCAUAGGUGAUCGGUUUCGGUCAGUGAUUGACGACGCUUGGUGGUUUGGGACGAUCGAGAGCCAGGAGCCUUACCAAGCCCAAUAUCCUGACAGCCUGUUCCUGUGCUACAAUGUCUGCUGGGAUAAUGGAGACACAGAGAAAAUGAGUCCCUGGGACAUGGAGCUGAUCCCUGAUGACGCCUCAUUCCCUGAUGAAUUGGGCACCAGUGUACCACUGUCAGAAGAGGAGCAGAGGCAGCUCCUGUACGUGCCUCUGGAUGGCGAAUGGGGCUGCCGCUCACGUGCGGAUGAGUGCGACCGUAUCAUCAAAGCCAUCGACCAGCUCUGCACACUUGAUGUAGCAGCACCAUUUGCCUUUCCAGUGGACCUGCAAGCUUACCCCACAUACUGCACUGUGGUGGCCUACAUGACUGACCUCAGCACUAUACGCCAAAGGCUGGUUAACCACUUUUACAGACGACUGUCCUCUCUGAUGUGGGAGGUUCGUUACAUUGAGCACAACGCUCAGACGUUUAAUGAACCUGGAGCGUUCAUCGUCACGACUGCCAAAUUUGUCUCCGACCUGAUUUUGCAGUUCAUAAAAGACCAAAGUUUGACUGACAUAAUGCCGCUGUACAAAACUAUGAAAAAGGCAACGUUCUCUGACUCCGAAGAUGAGGAUGAUGAGGAGGAGGAUGAAGACACCAGUACACCUGGAACAUCCCAACAAAACCACAAGGCCCGGAGACCGGUGCAGCGGCAGCUGCGGAACCGUCCUCAUUCAUAUGACCCGCAGGCCUGGAGGGGGCGCUGCAGAGAGCUGCUUGACCUCAUUUUCCAGUGUGAAGACUCAGAGCCCUUCAGAGAACCUGUUGACCUGCAAGAAUAUCCAGACUAUCUGCAAAUUGUAGACUCACCCAUGGACUUCGGCACAGUUCUGAAAACACUAGUGGAUGGGAAGUACCAGUCACCUAUUCAGCUCUGCAAAGAUGUUCGCCUCAUUUUUAGCAAUUCCAAAGCGUACACGCCGAGCAAGAAGUCUCGGAUCUACAGCAUGAGUCUGAGGCUCUCUGCACUGUUUGAAGAACACGUGAGCGCCAUCUUGGCUGACUAUAAAGCCAUUCAUGGUUUAACUGACCGACUGACAAGACGGGGCUCAGAUAGACAGACACGAAACACUACAGACAGACUGACACGGCACACCAUGAAGCGGAGGAGGAGGAGUGAGUCUCCGGCGAGCAGCACUGCAUCCAGUCCAGAGAGGAAAAGGCGUUUCUCCUCCAGGACAGUUGCCAAAAGAGAGCCGUCCCCAGCUCCAACUCGUGCCUCCUCCCUCAGACACAGCACUCCUCUGAGGCAGCCCCCUCAGCUGCUUAAUGGGAAGACAGACACACCAUCCACAGGCCGGACAAGAAGUUCUGCUCGGCACUCGGCACACUCCACGUUGUCUCCGUCUUCUCACAGCGCUCCCAGCAACGCAGCCAGCACAGCAGAGUCAACGCGAUCACUCCGUGGUCAUAAUUCGGUGUCAUCAACACCGCUUGCUGAGAGGGGGGCAACUCCACCAGUAGUGGAAAGUAGCAGUGGUGCUGGCACUCGACGCAAACUCAGGACCCCAGUACGACACACGGCAGGGUCUCCUGCUCGCCCUGCACCUCAAACUACAGUCCAUCUCAAUGGCCACAGCAGUCACACCAGCCUUGGCAUCGCGAGGCGGACACGUAAAUCCAAAAUGGACCAGCCUGCUAGUCCCCCAGAAAUCCCAGCUCCGGAGAGCCCAUCCCGAAGCAGAGGUCGGCCACCUGGAAAGAAGAAGGCCCAGAAGGAGGAGGUGGACGAGAGCAGGAAAAGUGAGGAUGAGCUGGACCACUCCACUGGUGAUGAGGGGGGCACCUCCUCCACCAAGGAAGCGUCAGGUCUCUCGGACUCCAGUGCAACGCCCAAAAGGCGCGGCCGACCGCGAGCAGUGAAGGCUGAGGACGUGAGCUCCCCUGCGGAGUCCCCAGAACCUUUGUCAUUGAGAAGGAGCAGCAGGAGGGCCAACGAGGAGGUGACACCCCCUUCUCAGACUGGUGCUUCAUCCAGACGGAGGGAGCCUCCAAAGGACAAUGAGGCAGACGUGAGCGGGGGCUCCAUGCGCACCAGGAACCAGGGGCGCAGGUCUGCAUGGUACAUGGAGGAGGACUCUGAGGAGGAGCAGAGACAGUUGCUCUUCGAGGACUCAUCCAUCACCUUUGGUACCUCCUCAAAGGGGCGUGUCCGAAAACUGACGGAGAAGGCCAAAGCCAACCUUAUAGGCUGGUAACAGGACACCCCCCUGCUGGCUAGUGUUGUCUGAAGGUGUGCGCGUGUAUGAGUUAGUCGAUGACAGCUGCUGUCAGAAAAAGCUGCCCCACAUUAUUGGUCCAUGUUGGACCUCACAGUGAGUUUAUUCCUUCCCACCUCUCUGACACUUCUGUGUCAAAACAGAGAAACAUGAAAAAACGUUUUUAGUACUUGAAAAGCUGUACGGAGAGGUGGCUGUGUCUCACAUGACUUUUUUAGCUGUCCCCCCCUUCUUUUAUUGCAGUUUUUUUUUCCACUUUUAAUUUUUUUUUUCACUUUUUGGAUGUUUGAUGGUGCGUUCAUGUGCUCCAUGUUUUCGACGUUUUGAUUUGGAUGGAAUUGUCUUCUGAUACAAGCGCUGUCAAUAUGCAAAAGGAUGCCCUGUAAUAUUGCAUUUUUAAAACUAAUGUCUGACUGCUGGCAGAGGUCACUGUCAGAAUUAUUGCGACGGUACAUGAACGCACCAUCUCUCAAUGGCUGACCUGUCUGUGCUAAAAUACCAAAUGGGCGUACCUUCGCCGGUACUCGUCGAUCAGUGUUUAAUAUAAAGGUGUGAGUGGCUGUAUUUUGCAUGUGCAGAAGAAAGAGAGAAGCUCUUCUUUUUUUUAUAUAUAUAAAAGCUGUUUUUUACAGAGGUCACAGAGCGAAAGGGGUCAUAUUUCUAUGUCUGGAUGCGUCCUCUUCAUUAGCAAUACCCUGUGCCUUUCUGUCUUAAACGUGUGUUUGUGCCUGUUUGGCCUUUGCCCUUCGACGUAAAUGUGCCUGUGCGUGCGAGCGUGUUUGUUAAGGUCAUGAGUGUGUUUUUAAAAUUCAAGCAGUGGCAUACAGUUUGAUAGUCUCUCAAAGAGAAGUGUAUUUAUAGCAGUUGAGAAAACUAUCUAUUGUUAUACGGCUCUUUGUGCUACUCUAUAUCCAGCUGUUUAUACCUGAGGUACAGCAAGGGGAGGGAUUUGACAACGGCUUGUCGAUGCAGUUGAAAGGAGGAACAAAUGAAGAUGCGUCAAACUUUUUGUGGUAAAGCAAGUACUUGGGAGAGGAGAUUUAUGGGAGUAUAUCAGUGCCAUCAGGAUAUUGAAACAUUGAACUUUUCAAUUAAAUGUUUCUUUAAACAUUGAAAUAUUUUUUAAAUAAUUCAAUUCAAUAAUUUCCAUGUUCAAAGGUUGAAUUUAUUUGAAUAAUUUGAUUUCAAAAUAUUAAUAUUUUUAAAAUGAAUCGUUUUUUUACACAAAGAGUUUGAUAUUCUAAUUCAAAACAUUCAAUAUUUUUAGGUCCAUGGACUUUUAAAUUCAAUAUAGAAACGCUGGUAUAACAGUACCAUCAGGCAAGACCAACGGGGUUCCGAGCUGUGAAACUUAGCUAAGAAUAUAUUGAAUUUAAAGUUUUCAUUUUAAAUAUUUGGAAUUAGAUUGCGAAACUGUAUGCAUACUAAAAUGUAACUCAUUUUGACAAUACUUGAAUCAUUAAACUCAAAUAUAUGUAUAAAAAAAUCAACCUUUCAAUUUAGAAAUUACAGAAUUAUAUUAUUCAAUAAAAACCAUCCUAUAUGCAGAUAACUUAAAAUACAGAUUACUCAAAUAAAAAAAAAAUAAACAGCAACAUUUCUUUUUUUUUUAUCAAUAUUUUCGGUAUUUGAAAUGUAACAUUUAAUAUGCUGAUGGUACUGAUAUACUCCCAUAGAGAUUAUACACAAGAUGAUUGUGUGCCUUUUAUUGAACGCUCCGUUUCAGUCGGAGGCCUUCAGAAAAACAAGUUCAAACAGCUUCACCUAAGAAGUGGAUGGCUUUUUUUUAACUCAGAAUUUGUCCCUCCCUCUCUGAGCCACUGAAGCCAAUGGACCCAUCAACUAAUCGGUAGAAUCUUUGUACUGACUCACUGCGUUGAUGCUGACUUCUUCCCCAGUUGUCUUCUAUUCGAAGGUUUUAUUCAUAUCUGAGGGCACUGAAGUUUUAUCUAAGGCUUAUGAAUGUUUUUUUUUUUUGUUCUUGUGGCGCUUUUUUGUGCUCCUGCCAUGGGGAUGUUGUUGAGCCCGCUGUUUGUUGUAUUGUGCCAACCUUGGGCGACAGCUAAUGUCCAGUUAUAAAAAAAAUUCUGGGUCCCUAAAUAUGACUCAUCCUGCAGUUCAUCCAACAGAAGAGCUGCAGCCCAGCAAUAAUGAAAUGAUGGUUCAUCUAUAUUAACUUUACCACGAUAGCACCUCUGUGGCUUCUCUCCUGUGUCUAGAUCAGACGUUUUGAUAUGAGCGUGAACUCUCUCACUCCUUUUACAGUGCACAGAGAUUUGUAGGAUAAAAAAGGUGUGACGUCCUGCUCUCUGGACACAGGUCAGACGACCCUCUGCCGGACACGGGUACUUACCUCAGCUCCCUUGUGGCGAAAGCUCAUUGCUAAUUCAUUUCUUUUAACCUCCAACUGUUAUUGUUCAGAUCUUUUUGAAAACACAAGACCCCUAAACACUCAAAUUUGUUGUAGAUGUUGUUGCGUUCCACGGUUGUGAGCUGAUUCAGAGGUCAAACGUGACUGAAGAGUGUAUGGUUGCUGCAUGGCGGAAAGAUGAGAAAGAAGAAAAAGAGUUUACAUAAACGGAGCGAAGAGGACGUCUUUGAUAUAUUGGAUACAUUUUUAAUAAAUAUAAAUUAAUGCAAAAAAUGUACUUAAAGUCUAGAAUGUAUGUGUAGGGGAGUACUGCUGUCCUGUAAGUUCGUACCAAUAUUUUAACUGAAUAAAC